AUGAGUGUAUUGAGUGGGAAUCCCAUUUAUUUUAAGCACCGAAAAUCACUUCCAAUAUUUUUUUCUCGAGAAAAAAUUUUAAACUUUUUUAAAAAUAAUAAGACCUUCAUUCUCGUGGGGGAAACCGGCAGCGGGAAGACAACUCAGCUUGUUCAGUAUUUAUUAGAUUCUGAAUUAUGUAAUAAAGUGAUUGCUUGUACGCAGCCUCGUCGAGUAGCUGCCAUUACUGUUGCAAGGCGAGUUGCCAAAGAGAGGGGAGUCCGACUGGGUAUGGAAGUAGGCUAUACUGUUAGAUUUCAAGAUGUUUCAUCUUCCAAAACUCGUAUAAAAUACUUAACCGAUGGGAUGUUGCUAAGAGAAGCGGUGGCCAAUCCUUUGCUAAAAAAAUAUGAGGUUAUUAUAUUAGAUGAAGCGCACGAACGAACUCUUCAUACUGAUGUAUUAUUUUCUAUUGUAAAGGAUCUCCAAACUAAACGAGAAGAUUUGAAAGUUAUCAUUAUGUCAGCCACUUUAGAUGUAUCUAAAUUUUCUAAAUAUUUUAAUAAUUGUGAAACUUUGCAUGUUUCAGGAAGGCAAUAUCCCGUUGAGAUUUUAUACUGCAAGGAGCCGGAAAAUGAUUACGUUGAUGCCACGCUUAUCACCGUUUUGCAGAUUCACUUAGAAGAGCUGCCUGGGGACAUUCUCUGCUUUCUUACUGGACAAGAAGAAAUCGAAGCCGUCCUUCAAAGUUUAGAAGAGAAAAUAUUGUAUUUGCCUGAAUCCGGUUAG